AAUUUUUAAAUAAAAGUUGUUUUCUUUUUAUUUUCAGAGAAAAUUUAUAUCAGUCUUGCUGUGGAUGUCCUCAAAAGGCUUCAAGCAAUACAAUACAUCUUCAAAUAUGACCUGAAAAAGAUUCAGACCAUGGUGCCAGUCAUUUGAAACACUAAUACACAUAUUACAAAAUGGAAGUGAACAAUACUGUCAAGGCAUUAGACAAUCUUGACUCUACUUUGAAGAAAUUUAAUGAACAAAUUGAUGGUGAUAAAACUUCUGACACAAACCAAAACCCUGAAUCAGAACAAAACGACAAGGAAAAGGAUGAUGCCUCCAAAAAGGAAAAAGACAAGGAUGGGAAGGGAAAUGAAACAGACACUGAUAGAGAGGCUACAGAUACAAAGAAAACAGGUGAUCAAGAUAAUGUAAAAGACAAUCAAGAACAAACAUUUGAUCAGUUCAAUGUUAAACCACCAAGGGGUGAGGAGAGUUCUGCCGAUAAAUUUGCAAGUACAGCAGCAAAACCAAGAAGACCUUCAGCUGAAGAAAUAGCUAAAAAUUGGCAAGAGCUUGGUGUUAAAAGGUGUAAUAACUGCAAGUUUACCACGGAUGACACAGAACUGUUCAAGCAACACUGUACAACAUGUCUGUCUGUACGAUCGACAGGAAAUAUCACCUUUACAUACAAAAAUGAGGAAUUUAAGUGCAAUACCUGUAAUGAAGUGUGGAAAAUCAAAGCAGAGUUUGAAGAACAUAUUGUCUGUCAUCUUCAGGACUGGCCGUAUGUCUGUUUAACUUGCCAGAACAGAAAAUUUCCUAGUCGGCAGUUGAUUGAGAUACAUACUAAGACAGACCAUCCAGAGGGUAAUGCCAGAUGUGGACUGAAAGGAAUGAAAAAUGGACGAAAAUAUUGUGAGGAGUUAAUGCAGUUGGGAACAAUUAGUAUAAAUGGAAAAUUAGUAAUACCUAAGACACCUAAAAAUCAUGCUAACCAAAUAGUUUCUAAAGAACUGAUCAAUCAAAAGCAAGAAAUGAGCUCAAAGGUUGAAAGUUUUGCAAAUGCGGUUAAAAGUGUGGCAAUAGGUGGAGUAAGUGUUAAUAACCCAACAAAUACUACUGUUCUCCCAUCGCAACUUACAUCAGAAUCUAUAGUGAUAAGUCAGCAUCCAGUAUCUAUUGUAUCAGGUGCGACAAUUCAUCACAGACCAGUUCUGAUAAAUAUGAUAAAGCCCGCACAAACUGUUCCUGGAGUUUCACAAGUGAUAACAAGUAAUGCUAAUCCAACCAAAAUAGUAACACCUAUAACCUCAGCAUUAGCAUUACCAGUAAUACUUCAAGCUGCUACAACUGCACCAAAUGCAAGUGUUGAUCACAAUGCUAUGGUUGUGAACGAUUCUGAUGCCGAAGUUAUUGCUAAUAGGCCCAUGCCUCCAGCAAGGACAACUGUUACUUUCCAAACUAUAGCUCCAUAUCCAUAUCAAUACACUUCUAAAGGAGGCACUUUAACUCGUGUUUCACCGGCAGAAGAAGCAAAAUCCAAACAUUUGGAUACUUUGUUUGGUCAAAUUAACAGAUCUACAAAUGUAAUGCAGCCUACAUUUAUUUCACAGAAAAUAAAAGACAUUGCAAAUCCCUUGGCAGGCGAUUCAAACAGAACUCAAUUAGAAGCAUCAAGAAAGGAGCCAAUACCUUACCAAUUAAAAACAAUUACUGAAUACACUUGCACGCAGCCAACAAAAACAACUUCUUCUUCCGUCUCCUCUUUGCCUCAACAAAAUGUUUUGCUUGUGCCUGUGGGACAGCCAGUCAAGAUAUCACAACAAGGUCAAAUUUUGAAUAAUAUGUUUUAUCAGCAAGCAAGAAGUGCAGGUAAUUUUGUCCCAAUCCAACCUUUACCUGUAAGUAUAGGUAGCAAUGAUACCAAUUUAAGAAUGCAGCAGCCACCAAGCCAAACUACCCAGAGACUUCCAUUUAGUCAAAUACCCCAAAUGCUGACCACAAAUUCAGCUACAACUGUGAGAAAUGUUAACAAUACAUCAGUUAGAAGUAGUGUACAAAAUACAACUGUAAAUUUUGGUACAGUACAGUCAUCAACAAGACCAGUGGUGCUACAGCAAGACAUAUCUGGUAAAAACCUUAAUGUUCAACAAAGUUUGGAAACACCGAUUUCUUUUGUAAAUGACAUUCUCACUAUCCCUAAGAAAUAUCUUUUCAAAAUUAAACCGGGCAUAGGGUUUGUUUGUGAAGCGUGUAAGAAAUGUACCAGAGAAGAGUAUGUUUUCAGGAGACAUGUUUGGGAACAUUUUCAUCGGGAACCAUUGGCUUGUAAAACAUGUUCCCCAGAUUGUAUAGCAUCUAAAAAUAUAUUAGAUUGUAAACUUGUAAACAAUAUUGUAUGCAACCUAAUCAGGAGGUCAACACAAGAUAAUUUAGAAGCAACUGCAAGAAGUCAUAAAAUUAGUAAAGUUGGUGAAAAAGAGGUUAUUGACAUAACUGAUGAUGACGAAAACCAGGAGGAUAACCAACAAGAUCAAGAUUUACUAGCUACUGAGGUCAUUGUGCUUGAUGAUGAAGAUGAGAAUGGGGAGACGCAAGGUCUUCAGAUUCGUAUAAGUAAUACAUUUAGCUUGUCAAGCCCAAAUAAUUUAGAACCAAUGGGCAAAAAAGAUGCUCAAAGUAAUAAUGAAACCAUGUCUUCAGAUGUACAGAAUAGAGACAAGCUAGAUGAUGGAAACAAACAAUCUGCUGUUAAUGAUCUGAUAUCUGAUAUAGGACAACCAAAACAGAGCGGUAAUGGUGAUACAGUUGCUGAUUUAGAAAAUUUUCAGAAACAGAAAGACACGGGUCAUAAUAGUGAAGCACCUGAAAAUACAAAUGAUGGUAAGCAGUCACCAGACAUUAUUGUAGGGGAGGAAGAUGAUGACGGUAAUUUAAAGGAUUCACAUCUGCUUGAUCAAUCUUUGUCUGAACCAGGUAACAAUUCCCAAGAAAUAGUGUCCAAAGUUUUAGAAACAAACCUGAAAGUAUAUGAUCCAUCAGUAAAUGAAUCAAAAGACGACGAAACCUUUGAAGAAGUAAACCAGAUAAGUAAGAUGUCUUAUAAUUAUAUGCAAUCAGAUGUUUCUUCAAAGACCCAACAAGAAGACCAGGAUGAAAACUUAAACCUUGUUAAUAAGACAAUUUUUGAUACAGAAGUUUUAUCAAAACAGAGCCAGCAUGCUUUCUACGUUUGCGGCUAUGAAAACUGUACAUACACAGGAUUGAGUUCAAUUAAAUACAGGGAGCACCUCCAGUCAAAACAACAUGAAAGAGAGUAUAAUUAUGUGUGCGGACACUGUGGUCAAAAGGAUUACACCGAAGAUGCCCAUGUCAGACAUAUUUUUUCUCACGCAAAUGCCAAACGGUUCCUGUUAUACAAGUGUCCAAUGCAUUUGUGCAAAUAUAAAACGAAUUUACUACACAUGUAUACUUGUCAUUUACGUGCUCAUCCUAAUGAAGAGCUGAUAAUUAAGUGUAUCUAUUGCCACAAAAUGUUUCCUUCAAUAGAGAGCUUGGAGCAGCAUUUGAAGCAGAAUCUUCUUAAAUUUGUGGUAUGUCCAUAUUGUUCAUUCAAAUUUGUGAACAAGCAUACCGUAAUGUUGCACAUACGAUUCUUUCAUCCAGAUAAAAUGCGGAUGGUGUCUGUGACUAGUCAGGUUGUGUGCUACGAAAGGGAAAUUAACUUCUAUGUUCCUCCAAAAUCAAAGGUUAUUUACGAGCCUGGCUUAAGAGAGAAAGAUUUAGAAGAAACUGGAUCAAUUGAUUUUCCAGCUUUACUAAAUGAUUUCCAGAAAGAAAGUUGUGCUAAAGAAAAACAUGCCACGGAACAGAAUUUAUUGGGAAAAGAUUCUGAAAAUGGAGAUGGGGAUGAUGCGUUAAGUCUGCCCGAAGAAGAUCAAUGCGACUUACAUAAAGAAAGUGAAAGUAAAGAACCAAAGGGUCAUCAAAAGGAAAUAGCCGACAAAAAAGUUACAAAGGGGAAGGGGAAAACGGAUACAUACUUCAAAGGAGGACCAAAGUCUUUGGAAUGCCCGCAUUGCUCAUACUUAAGCUACAACCAAUCUCUUCAUGCUAAACACAUAUCAAUUCACGAUACAGAGCCAGAAAGAGAGAAGAGAUUUGUAUGCAAUCUUUGUCCUAAAGGAACUGAAGGCUUAUCUCACUUUAUAACCCAUGUUAAAAAUCAUGUAGGAAAAAAUACAAUCAAGGUAUUUUGCUGCACUGCAUGUUCGUAUUGUUCAAAUCAAAAACGUCACAUAAUGGAUCACGUUAAAGAUGCCCAUGCAAAAGAAGCUCUUUACACUUUGAAGGAGGAAGUCGUAGAAAGUAAUCAUUUUGAAUGCAAAUAUUGUUCAUUCAAAGCAAGGACUGCAGAACAAGUUACCGCACAUGAAACCAGUGUCCAUCGCAUAAAUCAGAAUGUGAUAUCAAACAAUGAGAAACAAGGUCAAAAAUCCAGUCCCUCAGAAAAUGAUUCAAGUUUCGACUCUGGAAAUGAUGCUAGGAAAAAGAAAUGUAAAUAUCAUUGUGAAUAUUGUAAUGAUUUCUUCAAACACAAAUCUAACCUAAAAGAGCAUAUGGUGAAUGACCACAAGGACAUUGAGAACAAACAGUUUAUAUUUUUCAAGUGUAAAUAUUGCACUUACACUUCAACUAUGAAAGAUAUGAUAAUCAGUCAUUUAGAAAAAGACCAUUCUGGCCAGGAUUUGAGGAUAUUGAGAAAAAUAGAAAAGGUAGAAAAUGGUAAUUAUGUAAAUGUCAAAGAAAACAAUGAUACAGGUAUAGCAGGAAAAGAGGGACAAUCUUCAACAGAAGGCAAUGAUGAUCCGACAGCAAAUGCUCCAAUGGAGACAGAUGAGCAAAACAAGAUUGAGAUAGUUGUUCCAGAUGGUAAUAUAUUUAAACAGAUAUUUUCCUGCCCAAUUUGUUCGUUUACUACAAACAUGCGAUUAAAAGCCAUGAAACAUUUGAAAGAACACCCAGGCGUUAAACCAAUUAGACCAAAUCAGAAAAAGACUUCAACAAAGCCAACAGCUAGAAAGUCAAGCACUUCACUGUUUCCGAAAAAUGAUUUGACAAGAAAGAAAAACUCCUUAAUACAACAGUUACCCAUGUCUGCAAAACCUUUACAAAAUCCAUUUACAGCAGUGAAAGAGUCAGCUGUUGAGGAAAAUAUUUUAUCUGGAGAAUCAAAGGCAAUGCUUAAUAGUCCUUCCAAAGAUUCAUAUAUACUUGGAGAACAGAAACUGCAUGCUGCUCUUUCUGCAUGUUUCAUACCAUUUGAAAAAGACAUGAAAUAUCAGUGCCGAAUAUGUAAGCAGAAAAUUUUCAAAAGAUUUGUUUUACAUCGACAUAUACUUGAUCAUUUGAAGAUUGUGUUUUUCAAGUGUAGGUACUGUGAGGAAGGCAGUAUUGAAAGAACUCUAAUGGUUGGUCAUAUACAAAAAGUGCAUUCAUCAAAGAGCAUUCUGUAUGAUUCUGUUGAGGUAUCUGUCCUGGAACAGCAAUUCAAAGAAAGGAUUUUUCCGCCAAGACUUUAA